AUGACUGACUCUGACCAGCAGAUGCCUCUGGACUUUGACAACAACAGAGGUCUCUCUUCUCGGUCCGCUCCAGAGGAGCGAAGGUAUGUCGUUCUGCGUGGUUACUUGCCCGGAGUUAUGGACAAAUUGGACGCUAUGCUUUCUACUCAUCGUAUAUCCGGAUCUCUGGUCAUCAAAUACCGGACGGCUGCGGCUGCAUAUCGUCGAUGGCGGCGCGCCAUAGCCGCGGGCAACGAGAUAGCCCAGCUGGGCACUGCCCCGGUCGAAGAGCGCAUGGCUUUUACACGCACGCUGCGCGAGAGGCUUCUUCGUGCGGCGCGUGCAUCAGCCCAAGCCAGCUCGCCGGCGCCCACGCAGCACCGUACGGACUCAAUCUCAAUCUCGGGGUCUCUUCACACACCCCCUUCUUCACCCGUACCUGGCAGCCCUCCCUCUACGCCUUCACCAGCUGAUCUUUCUCGUUCUCCUUCGCCUUUUCCGGCCGGACCAUCUUCUUCGCCUGCCGCGAUCAACGCCAUAUCGCCUUUCCCCGCUGGGCCUAACAACCCAAUCCACAGCCAGGGCAACUCGCGCGUUUACCAGUCUCAGCCACACCGCCCGCGAUUUGCUCCCGCGGGCUGGGUGCCGCCAAACGAGUUUACGCCUCCGCAAUCCGCCGGCACGUCUUUCGUCCCGCGGGUUCCUCAUCCCGAUGUCCUCUCUCCGGGCGUCUCUCGGUCCGAAUGGUAUGUCGCUUACAAGCACAGAUACCCUGGGAUCUACAAGUCAUGGUAA